GUGGAAGGCAUUCUCUUCUGGGCUGCAUUCCUGUUGUGUCUUAGCUGUUUCCUCAAAUGUCCUUUCAUUGCAGGAGGAAUGGAUCGCCCCAACUACAUGGAAGAGGACUAUUCUAGCCUGGAUGGGCUGGACGAUGACGUGUUUCACUCUGAUGACUUUGGACUUGCAGGUCAGCCUGGUGAGAUGACUGCAACUGGCAUUUUCACACAGAACAGCUGCCUUCUGGGGAGGUUUCAACUAUUCCCCCUCACACACUGCUGUGGUCCCGGUAGCAGGCAUCCCGAGCAGCAGGACAAGGCAACUCAAACACUCAGCCCGUCCUCUUCCAGUCAGGAUGUUAUGUUGCCUUGUGGAGUCACUGAAGAGCCCCGGAGACUCUUCUAUGGGAAUGCUGGUUACCGUUUACACGUUCCUCCGGUUGGCUUUGCAUUGGAUCCCCGCCUCCAAGAGGAGCCUCAGGAAGCCCAGCGGGAAGCCCGUGCUGAGGUGCAGAUUGCACGGAAGCUGCAGUGCAUUGCAGACCAGUUCCACCGGCUCCACAUGCAGAGGCAUCAUCAGAACUGCUGA